UUAUUCUUAAGUAAAACAAACCAACUAUAGACAUGGAAAGCUGUGCUGUUUUGCAGGAUGCUUGCGGCGACAUUGCCAAGAAACAACAACAACAAACACCAGCAGCAGCAACUCCGGCUACGGCAUCGAGCCUGCCCUUUGCCUCGCACAUGGCUCAACUCGUUGUGGGCUCUGUGCAGGUGACAUUGCGUGUGCUGAAGAUGAACGGCAGCACACUGAUAUUCCUGGGCACCACAGAUGCCGAGCGAGUGGAUGAGUUUGCCAUGGCGAUGCUAUCACGUCCGCCCAGCAAGCAAAUCGUCUCCACGACAUUUCUCGGCGAGAGCGGGCAGAGCGAUUCUCUGGUGCUGGCCAACAAGCUGGCCAUGCGCUACGGCCGUCAAUUCUAUGUGAGCUUCAAUCUGCAAAUGGACGCCGUUACACGUGCCCAGUUCGAGGCGGCAUUGGUCAGCUAUAUGCAGAAGAACCUGGAGAUGUUCGUGUGAGGCAGCUGAUGCUGCUGUUUUCAAUGUACCUCAAUAUGUAUUUAUAAUUAUGAUUAAAAAACAGGCAAAUGUAUUGCACUUAUUU